CCGCAUUCAUAAACUUCGCAAACCCUACGCAUAACUAAGUAGGGAUGAUUAGAUGAGUACGUCGGCCGCCUCCCCGCCCCCCUGCAAUGGGAAAAAGCCUCCAAAUACAAGAAGCUAUCAGGGUGGGGGGUUCGCUAACGGCGCAUGCGCUUCUGGCGGACGGACAGACACCAUUAGCUAAAUAGCGGGUGAGAUACAUACCGGAAGGAAGACCCAUGAAUUGAUGAGCAGACAGACAGACAAAUAUGCAUGGCAUCGUGUCUGUCUGUCUGUCCGUCCGUCCGUCCGUCCGUCGAACACUGAUCAUUCACCAUCUAUCAUCACCACAUGGUGCAAUGCACCACCCACCCUCUCUGCGAAGGGCUGCCUGCCACGUCACGUGUGUCAAAACCCAACACACAACAAACACACCACACCCAAUCCCGCAAGUACACACACGCUGGGUAGGUAGGUAGGUAGGUAUGCAUUCAACCAUCCGUGACUGCAGUGUGUGCAAACAUGCGUCGGAAAAGCUCACACACAGCUCGCCACCCCUCACACAUCUCGCUUCGCUUCGUUCAUCAGGCCACCCACCCCCCCACCCACCCACCCACCUGCCUUCAUUCAUCCCCUGUCUGUCUGUCUGUCUGUUCGCCUCACUCACUCACUCACCAGUCCCUCCGGUAUUCAUCACCUGCACACACAUAACAUACAGGCAGACAGGACGCACGCAGAGCAGACCCAUGCAGGCAGUAUGACAUACGUGCCCAUCCAUACGGAUGGAUUGCGUUUCGUUUCGUCCUCACCCACCUGUGUCCCCGAUGGCCUUGUACAUGUCCCGCGAUUUGGCCAGCACCUCAUCUAUCCUAGCCCUGUCUUCAUCGUCCAGCCUCAGGUGAAACGACCUCAAGUUAUCCUGCACGUGGUUGGCCACACCCAGACGAGUGCCCACAAUCACGCCGCCCACAGCCGGCCUGUCCAAGACGUAUUUGACGGCGACGUUGGGGAUCUUGACUGAGUGCUUGUCGGCCACGUCCUUGAGCGCCACCAACAGCUCCUGCAGCAGACCCCAGCCGCCUGCACUCAUCCAUCAGCACACACCCACAACAGACAGACAGACAGACAGAGAGUGAGAGCUGUAGGUUCCGGUGCCAUCCAUUAUCGUCUCUGUGUGACUCGCCUCGCGUACCCCAGGUGUCGACCAUCCGUUUGUAUUUCUGCAGCGAGGCCGUGUCGAGCUGCAGCGGCGACGGCUCCUUCUUGCCAAGCCACCUCUCCGUCAAGAACCCCCCCGCCAGCGUCCCAUAGGUCAGCAGCUGCACCCCGCUCUCGAGGCAGAAUGGCACGAGAGCCACCUCAGGCCGCCUGUCGAUGAGGCUGUACUGCACCUGGUUGCUCACGAUACCCAUGCUCUCGUACGCCUCGCGCGUCCGCUGCGUGUCAAAGUUGGUCACCGCUAGGUUUUUUAUCUUGCCCUUGUCCUUGAGAGCAGCCAGAUUGUUAAAUGCGUCCUGAUAGCGCUUGUCUGGAUAGACCCACCUGGUGCAGAUGAAACAACAAAAAGAGACAUGCAUGACCAUUCCAUCAAUCAAUCAAUCACGGGCGUCUGAAUGGAAUGGCACGAUGGAACGGUCUUUGCACCAAUGGAACUGCAGCAGGUCGAGCUGGUCGACAGACAUCCGAGAGCGCGACUUGUCGAUGGCAUUCUCGACGGCGGUUCUGCCCAUGUCCUGGGGAAGCGGCACAAACUUGGUGAAGCCGACAAUGCGGGAAGGGUCGGCGCCACGCUCUCUCUCGUCCGCCAGAUGGGCGGCGUAAAUCCGCUCUGCUGGCCCAUAGAUAUCAGCCAUGUCCCAGCAGCUCAGCCCGACGUCCUCAUACUCCCGCAUAUCCGCCACCGCACUCUUGGGAUCGAUGCGGCCGUGGGCACCAGACACCUGCCACAGGCCGUUGACGAUGCGCGGCACACGCAGAGAGCCCAGUGUGGAGUACUGAUCUGAGGGGAUUGACAAAGGGCGGCUGCCAGCACUGGCCGCAUCUUGGGCUAACGUAGCAGCAGCAGCAGCAUCUGCACUGACGCGUGGGGUGUUGAAGCCUCCAAGAGCUGAUGCGGCCACGCCAGCUGUCGCAGCAGCAGCAGCAGAUGCAAUGGCCUCUCGCCGGUCGAGGUGCCUUGGGCCGUCGGCAGACAUUCGGAAACGGGUCAAUGUCAAUCGGUGACCAUUGAAAGCAUGUAUGCAGGGGACGAAGAAUAGGGCAGCACAGACGAGGGUAGCCACCUGCAUCUUGUGCGCUGAUGGCCUAGUGCGCCGCUCGGACGAGGUUGUCAUAAGGGGAUGGCGGGAAGAUGCGCUUGCGCGUCGACGGUGCUCCGUUGUAAGGAUGGGUGCUUCGGCCUACCAUUGCCUUGCCACUGGCGUUAUCACCUUCAGCGGAAGCGAAGCCGGGCU